GCCGCGGGGGCGACGGGCGCGGUGCGCGGACACGGCGGCAGCGGCCACACGCUCCCGGGGGACCCGCGGCCGACGAGGGGGCACAGCGGCCCCGCGUGCAGCCUCCCCGGGCGGCCGGCCUGCGGGGGUCAUGGUGACGGCCGGAGAGCUCCGAGAGCUGGAGGGCAGCGCGCUGCGGAGGCUCCUGAGGCGGGACGAGCGCGAGCGCGCCGGCGGGCCGGGCGUCGCGCCCGGCGGGGGCACGUGCCUGCUGCUGGACUGCCGGCCCUUCCUGGCCCACAGCGCGGGCUGCAUCCGCGGCGCGCUCCCCGUGCGCUGCCACACCAUCGCGCGCAGGCGCGCCCCCGACGGCCCGGGCCGCCUGGAGCAGCUGCUGCCGGCCGCAGACGGGCCCGACGCCGAGGACCGGGGCCGCCGCCUGCGCGCCGGCCUCUACGCGGCCGUGGUGCUGUACGACCAGCGCAGCCGGCGCGCCGCCGAGGCCCUGCGCGCCCCCGACGGCGCCCUGGCCUGGGUGGUGCGCGCGCUGCGCGGGGCCGUGCCGCGCGCGCCCGCGCCCCUCUACCUGCUCCGAGGUGGUUACGAGAUGUUUUCUUCCGAGUACCCAGAAUUCUGUUCCCAAGCCAAGCCCCUGGCCACUGUUUCAUCUCCCAUUCCCACCACCAUUCCGGAGCCUCCUGACCUGGGCUCCAGUUCCUGUGGCACCCCACUGCAUGACCAGGGGGGACCCGUCGAGAUCCUGCCCUUCCUCUACCUGGGCAGUGCCCAGCACGCAGCCCGGAGGGACACACUGGAUGCCCUGGGGAUCACUGCGCUGCUGAACGUCUCCUUGGACUGCCCGAACCACUUUGAGGCCCAUUAUCAGUACAAGAGCAUCCCUGUGGAAGACAGUCACAAAGCAGACAUCGGCUCCUGGUUCAUGGACGCCAUUGAGUUCAUUGACUCGGUCCAGGCCCGCCAGGGGCGGGUGCUGGUGCACUGCCAGGCCGGGAUCUCGCGCUCUGCCACCAUCUGCCUGGCCUACCUGAUGAUGAAGAAGAAGGUGAGGCUGGAGACGGCCUUCGAGUUCGUCAAACAGCGGCGAAGCGUCAUCUCGCCCAAUUUCAGCUUCAUGGGGCAGCUGCUGCAGUUUGAGUCCCAGGUGCUGGCCACGUCCUGUGCCGCGGAGGCCGCCAGCCCCUCCGUGACGGUGACGCGCGGGGAGCCGGCCAAGGCCUCCCCCUCCGCGGCCCAGCUUGUCUUCAGCUUCCCGGUGUCAGCCCCCAGCAGCCUCCCCUACCUCCCCAGCCCCAUCACCACUUUCCCCAGCUGCUAGGACCCCUGGGGAGGGCUCUCCCCACCCCCAGUGCUGGGGCUGCUGGGGUGAGAAGAGACCCCGCCAGAGAGCUUGCUUCCAGGCUGGGGCACCUGCCCAGCAGUCACCAUGCAUUUAUUAGGCGCCUGCUGUGAGCCAGGCACUUGCUAAGUGUGGGGCUGGCCUGCUCGGCCCCUUGACUCCUGUGUGAGUGGCGGCCUUGAGGUCCCUUCCCUGAUGGGGGGCUGCUUCCUCCUGCCCAGCGAGGGACCUCUCUCCCAUCGCGGGGUCACUAUGGUCCUCCUCCUCGCCUGGCCCGGGCUCACCCCACUGCCAGGCACUGAGAUCACGGACCCUCCCACACAGCAAUAACAUAGCUGCGUCCAGCGAGACCGCUGUCCCGGCUGGCUGGCGGAGCUGGUCGGGAAGGGCAGCCUUCCCUUUUUCCAACAGAGAAGUCUUAAGAACCUCUUUUCCUGUAAACCCGGGAUGGCUGAGAGUUGUGCAUGUUGUAGUCUUGCUUUGAGCCCCACCAGGGCCCACAGUCGGGUGCUGAUGGCCCCUCCCCCGCUCCUGACGGCUUGGGUGGCUGUGGUCACUUUCUGUGUUUAAAGGUAGCUUCAGAGGGCAUCAUUUUAUUCCAGGAAUCACAGACCGUUGAAUCAUGAUAAUAAAUAACAAAUGUAAGAAGGGACCCAUUUCCUCAGAGUAUGAAAGUAAGUGCAGCCAGCCGAGGGUCAGCGAGGGUGAGGAUGCUGUAGCCUCAUGGAGGUGUUGAGCGUGAUGGUGGCAAGGGCACAGGGGGCUCCGAGAGCCCCAGCUUGUACUGACGUGGUGGCUGGGAGCCUGCUCCCCCGUAGAGGGGCAGUGGAAAGAACAGUCCCUGGGACAGUAUCUUUGGGUCCUGGUGGGUGGGCUGGGUGACAUCUUGACCUCCUCCUGUUCUCCAGAUCCUGUGGAGAUGCACUACCCUCUCAUGGGCACACCUGACUUUAUUUCACUGAGAUGGUCCUCAAGUGUCAGGUGUAAACCCACAGUUCUGAAAGGCCAACCUGCCAUAAAUCCUGCUGGGCGGGGGCAUUCCCUCUGAAGGCCCUUGGCUAGGAUGAAUCAGCCCCCCCAUCUUGUCCUGUGCAAACAUGGACAAUUAUCUUGUGGGCUGGCACACCCAGCGCGCUCCCUGCCCACAGCCCUGUCCCAGACAUUCCCUUGUGACAUCAGUCCCUCCCUUGAAAUGUACCAGCCAUUCCCGCUGGCAUGUUUUUCCCAUGCUGUGGCUAUGGGCCUCUGUGGGUUCUGGUUUGAGGGAGCUGGAUUCUUGUCUCAAGAUGGGCUCAUGUUUCUUGCCCCUUCCAGGCUGAAUGACACAAGUCUCCAAGCUACGUGUGAAUUAGGCUUGUUCUCCCUCUAUUAGGCGGCUCUUGCUGGGCCCCUGUCCUGUGGCAGCCUGGCCUGCCCCUGAUUCUGUGCUGGACAGUGCAACCUUUGGGAGCAGAAGCAUGUGGACACCCGUCUGCUCUUUGCUCUGAUGCCUGGGAGGCAGUUCAGUUUUCAGAGGCCAGGGUCCCGAGCUCUUCCUUUGUGUGGUGGGCUCAACAGCUGGAGAAGCCGAAGCCAGAUAGCCGGGGAGGAGGAAAAAAAGGGAGCUGCCUGGAGUAGCUGGUGAGGGUGGGGGUGAGCAUUGGCCAGAACCACCCCUCUGCCUGUCCUGGCCAGACAUUUCAAGUGAAUCUCAAGGACUCACUCGUCCAUCUCCCCCUGACACGGAUGGUGGUGUCUUUUCCUAGCCAUUUCCUUCCGAAUCCCAUGAGUAAGCUAUCCUAGAUGAACAGGUGCUUUUGUGAAAUUCAGCACCUAAGAAUCCCUUUCUGGAAUGCACCCAGGAAGCUCCUGUUCCUGUUAGGGCAUUUCCCCUCACAUUAAGCAAAUAAAUCACUCUCUCCACAAUUCCCCUCACUCAUUCCUGGUGCUGUCCCUCUGGGGCUGAGCACAGCCAGACUAAUCUCUUCCACAUGACAGAUAAUUUUGAAGACAACUCUCCUUCUCUCCUGGCUAUGAAUGCCCAGCUCCCAGCCUCAUCUGACCUGGCUCCAGAGCCUUCCUGAUCCUGGCUGUCCUCUUCUGGACAUGCCACCGGCCUUCACAUUCACAUGUGAUCUGACUGGGGCAAGGGAGGUAAGCCUCUCUUACUUGCCCAAGAUCUCAUUUUUCCUGGUGUCAUUUAAAAUAAUCCCCAAAUGAGAAACAGAUGAACUUCCAGGCUGUCAGGACGUAACCCCAGGUCUGGUUGAGCAGGACUAUGUCACAAACACGCUGCAUCCCUGGUGACUCUUGAGAUGUUGCAUUGCUCUGCAGAUGCUGAGAUCUGUAUGAGUUGUGGAAAUGAGCUCCCCAGGAGCUCCCCGUGCCACCAAACCACAGGAAGAGUACCCCACGCUGUUGUACUCCUUUGGAACAUUUUAAAGUCUUCUGGCGAGGAUGCCCUCUAGCAAACCACUGUCCUCUGGGUCACUUGGACACCCAGUUCCGGCUCUCAUCCUGUGACCCAGACACACAACUUGGGCAUAAAGGGGCCCCUUCUAGGAUUGGUUUCCCCCUGGCUUCUGGGCAUUGAGGCAGGGGCAGUUCUGUCCUGCGGAGGAAUCCCGCCAGCUGCGUUUCCCCUGGGCUUGGUGGUGGCCAGACAGCCUUUGAGUAUGGAAUCUCUCUUGGAGAAAUCGUGAAUGCCACGAACCCUUCCCUUCCCAGGCCUGGCAGACCUGGAUGCUCCACUGGGAGGUACCAGGCGUGAGCUCUCUGAGUGGAGACACAGGGUAACAGGCAGGGUGUUCUCUCGUCCUAUUUGGAAGGAUAGUUUGGGGGGCAGCUGGAAAGCUCAGGUCAUUUCUGGGGAGGGGAGCUAGAGAUUGAGAGCUGAGCAAGGGAAGUCCUUCUUAGUUGUGGAUAGAAUCCAGCCCUGCCAGUCCCCGGUUGAACACCAGAGAGCCCACGUUGCUCCGAGCCUUGACGACCGUGGAGCUGGGGCCAACUGAGGCUCUAUCCCAGGGACCCCUCCCCCACAUGUCUUCCUCCUGGAGGUCAAGCAGGAAGAUGCCUUUCAGGAGAGUGCAGGGAGCAAAGCAGUACUUCCCUCCUCACUUGUGGAUGUGUCCUGUGUCUGCUGUGCCCAUGUGGUGUGUGUCAUUUGGGUUUUGCUUUGUUCUCUGCUUGUUUCUGUCUCAGUGGUUUUUAUUUAUUGCUUGAAGAAGACCGUUUGAAGAAAAAUAAAUGCAUUUUC